GAAAAGCCAAUCUCAUACAAAAUUUUUUAGAUGGAAGGAGGAGAGAACAAUAAGACAAGGAAGCCUAAAGCAGUGGUGGUAGGUGGCAGCAUAGCAGGGUUAUCCUGCGCACAUGCGCUCAUUGCCGCCGGUUGGGACGCCGUUAUCCUUGAGAAAUCUACCGGACCACCUUCAGGCAGCCUUACCGGAGCUGGGCUUGGCCUGGACCCUCUUGCUCGCCAUUUCAUCCAAUUAUGGCUCGAUCAACCCCAACUCUUCCACCACUCUACCCUUCCCCUUUCCGUCGAUCAGAACAAAGCAACCGAUAGUCAGAAGAAGAUCAACUGGACAUUGAGCAGAGAUGAUAAUUUCAAUUUCAGGGCUGCCCAUUGGGUUCAUCUUCAUGGCCUUCUUUACAGAGCUCUACCAUCCCAUGUGGUUCUAUGGGGCCACUACUUCCUCUCUUUCUCCAUUUCAGAUGACAAGACCUUUGUUAAGGUUACAGCUAAGGUUCUUCAUACUGAGGAGACCACAGAGAUUGUUGCCGAUUUACUCAUUGCAGCAGAUGGCUCCCUGUCUAAGAUUCGUCAGACUUUCUUACCUAACGUUAAAUUGAGGUAUUCAGGCUACUGUGCCUAGAGGGGUGUUCUUGAUUUCUCGGAAGAUGAGAACUCAGAAACCAUUGUUGGCAUAAGGAAGGCAUAUCCAGAACUUGGGAAUUGCUUAUACUUGGAUAUAGCCAAGGGAACUCACUGAGUACUUUAUGAGCUGCCCAACAAAAGGAUGAAUUGGCUUUGGUAUGUCAAUCAACCAGAGCCUGAAUUGAAGGGGAAUUCGGUUACCAUCAAAGUAAGUUCCGAGAUGAUCAAGCAACUCCACGAAGAUGCAGAGAAAACCUGGGUUCCGGAGUUUGCAAGGCUUAUGAAAGAAACUAAAGAACCCUUUAUCAAUGUAAUAUAUGACUGUGAUCCUUUAGAACAACUCUUUUGGGAUAAUGUGGUGAUAGUUGGAAAUGCAGCUCACCCCACGACUCCUCAUGGUCAAAGAAGCACAAACAUGUCUAUAUUAGAUGCGACGAUAUUAGGCAAGUGUCUUGAGAAGUGGGGAGUGGACAACUUGGGUUUGGCUCUGCAAGAGUUUCAGUCCAUCCAACUGCCUAUUGUUUCAAAGCAAGUCCUCCACGCACGGUGAAUGGGUUGUAUUAAACAGGGCUUUGCUCUUCCUGACCGCAAGAUUUUCGAUCCAAAUACAGCAACACCAGAGGAUUGCCAAGAGCUUCAGCAGAAUAACAUGCCUUUCUUUGCUGAUGUUCCUUCUUUACUUGUAGGUUCUACUUGAGAAAAGGUCAUUGUUUGUUCCACUUGAGAAAUGUUCAUAUAGUUUAUUAUCAUCCUUUACCUCAGUUUGUUCAAUGAAUUCCAAGUUGUUAAAAGUAAGCUAUGCAUAUUGGUGCGGAUAUAUUGUUGUAAGGCACAAUAAAUAAGUAGUUGCAUGAGAAACAUCAGCACCAGGCUGGAGUUGGCUUUAUCACUAUAAACUGUUUU